AUGCAUAUCAACCUGAGCUCCUUGUCGCGCCUUUUCUCUCCCAGUUCUGGCGACAAGAAGGAAGCGAAGCUCCCCCCCGAGGAGCUGGACUCCAUCUCCAACUCCUUCGACGAGUCCCUCCUCAUUCGCCUCCGAGGCCUGAGCCCUGCCUCCGUCAGCCUCGCCUGGCUCUCCCUUGCCGUCAGCAUGCUCAACUUCGCUCAUUCUGCAGUGAAGUCUUUGCUGCCUGACCUUGAAUUGGACAAAACCGAUGGCCUCUCGUCGUGGUAUUUCGUCAAAAGCAUGAAUGUCCUGGAUCUCUGCAACUGCAUCUCCUCCGAGAUCGAUCGACUGCGUCGCCACCACAUGAAGCUGAGGAUCACGAUUGAGCACCUCCACUUGGACCCCAACACGUCGGAGGAGGAAAUUCGUCGAGCGAGAAAUUUGCUAGCAGAUUUGGAGGGCGAAGGCGGGGAUAUCAUUGUGAAGCCCACUAGCAACAUUGAGGAGCUGACUAGAGACCUUGCCGCUAGCAUUGGGAAAUCGGCUCCGCUGGGGAAGGUCUCGCCAGUGGAGAGAGCCGUCCGCCACGUGAUCCAUGCUGCCGUCUUCGUGACGGUGUUCGUUGCUGGAGUCAUAUGUGCAGCCUUUCAUGCUUCCUCGGGGGCACUUGGCCACAUCCAGGUCCCGGAGGAGUUUCCUUGGGGCGACUCUUUUCGCACGAUCGAGAUGGCGGUUAUCGCGGAGUUUGGGCGCGACCAGGAAAGAGAAAGGAAGACGUAUGUCUUGAAGGAGUUUGAGGACGUGGAGGCGCGCCUUAGGCACCUGAUCGAGGCAAUGGAUGAGAUCGCAGCAUCAGGUCGCAGCGGAAAGAUGGUUGAGAGGAUAAGGGAAAUGGCAGCCGCGUUGGAGAAGGCAAACGGCAUGCUACUGGAGGGGGCGGACCGGCUGACAGAGGCAGUGGAUGGGCUGUUCGAAACGGUCAUGGAGAUAAGGACGAAGAUGAUGGAUGGGCCUAGAGAGCGGCCAUCGCUGGAAAUGCCAUUGGAGGUGUACUUUGCGAUGGAGAAAAACAAAGUGAAAGUGAUUUCGGAGAUUUGA